CUGUAAGUGGAAACGGCAGCCCACGGUGCCGCCAGCCCAAGCCCAGUUAACUUGCUAAAUAGACACCCGGUAAAAUAAAAAAAAUCGUGGCGGUCAAUCACGGUUCCUCCGCUACCGCCGCCCCGCCGCUACUGAGUACUCCCUUCCAUGGCGAUGGGGGCUGGCGCCGCCCCAUCCCUCCGCUCUCCCCACAAAGGAACAGAUCCACCGCCGCCCCUCUUGUUGCUCUUCCCCCAAGGAACGGAUCCGCCGCCGCCUGUUGUUUCUGUACAUGCUACUCCAGCUUCUUUGCAUGCUCUCUCUCCUAUUCCUGGACAUGGUACUCCAUCCACUGUGCGUGAUCGUCUCUUUCCUGCUCCUACCCAUGGAUCCAAGCGCAAACCACGCAAGUUGACCUCUAUAAUUUGGAAGGAGGCUGAGCCAAUAUAUAUUGAUGGAUUUCUAAUGCAAGGCAAAUGCAAUUAUUGCAACAAUAUAUUUCCAGCCUCUAAGGUCUCAGGUACUAGUCAACUUGCCAGACACUUGAAGGUAUGUGAGAUCAAAUGUUCAAUGGAUGGGUUGGUGCAACAAAUGAAAAAUUCUGAUGAAAUAGAUCCUGAUUGGAAAUUUGACCAAGAAAAUGCAAGGAUCGAGCUUCUCAACUUAGUUGUCUUGCAUGGUCUGCCUUUCUCAUUCGUCGAGUAUGCUGGCUUUAGGAAAUUUUGUGCAGUAGUGAAUCCCUGGUUCAAACCAAUUAGUAGAGUAACACUUCAAAAUGAUUGCAUAGCAGCUUACCAUCAGUAUAGAAGUUACAAUGAAAAUUUCUUCAAGAAUUGCAAUCAUAGAGUAUCACUAACCGGGGAUAUGUGGACCUCAAACCAGAAACUUGGGUAUUUUUGUAUCACAUGUCACUGGAUUGAUAGCAAAUGGAAAGUUAAGCAUCGAAUCAUAAGAUUUUGUCUAGUCGAAACACCCCAUGAUGCUUGGAAUAUGUUUGACGUGGUAUUGACGAGCAUUCGUGAUUGGAACAUUGAGAAUAAGAUUUGUAGUUUCACACUCGAUAAUGCGGAAGUAAACACCAAGAUGAUUAGCCAUCUCAGAAAAAAUCUUGUUGAUCGAAACCUUAUCCAUCAUGAAGGAAAACUUCUACACAUUCGGUGUGCAGCGCAUGUGCUAAAUCUAAUAGUGCAAGAUGGACUAAAAACCAUGGAUUCUGUUGUGGACAACGUCAGAAAUAGUGUGAAGUACAUCAGAAGUUCUCAGUAUAGAAUAGAACAAUUUGACAAGUUUGUUCUGCAAGCUGGAAUAAACUGCAAGCAUCAGCCUUCACUAGAUGUGUCUACAAGAUGGAACUCCACGUUCCUUAUGCUCGAUUCCACAUUACCAUUCCGAAAAGUCUUUGAGACCUUGCAAAAACAAGAGCCAAGUUACACAUUUUGUCCGUCAGACAAGGAAUGGGAAAUGGUUUUAGACAUUUGUCAGCUUCUGAAAGUAUUCUGCCAUGCGACCAAUGUCAUUUCAGGCUCAGACUACCCAACCUCCAAUCUCUACUUCCUCGAAAUCUGGAGCGUGAAAGUGGUACUAGAUGAACAGGAAAAGAGCAGCAAUGCUACAAUCAGAAUCAUGGUCAAAGAAAUGAAGAAGAAAUUUCAUAAGUACUUCAUGGAGUCAUACUUGACAAACUGCAUACCGGUGGUUCUGGAUCCAAGGUUUAAAAUGGAGCUUGUUGAGUUGCGACUGAAAAAAUACUUUGGAGUUAGUGCGGAUAAACAUAUCCAAGAAGUAAAGGAGGCUAUCAUGGCCUUAUUUCUUGCAUAUGGGGCUGAAAUUGAAGAGAAUAUUAAUAUUCAGUUACAAGAGCAAAAUGGUGAAGAAGCUGGUUUGGCCGAUGAUGCCCUUUCAGAUUUUGAUGCGCAUGUGAAGCUUAAGAAAGCUAAAAGCCACAACGAGCUGCACCGCUACCUAGAGGAAGACUUUCAUCCCCGUACACCAGACUUCGACAUUCUAAAAUGGUGGGCUGUGAACGCUCCAAGGUAUCCAAUACUUGGCAGUAUUGCUCGUGAUGUACUGGCUGUUCCAGCUUCGACUGUUGCAUCUGAGUCUGCGUUUAGCACGUGCGGAAGAGUUAUAACUGAUCACAGAACUAGCCUUGGAGCUGAUAGUGUUGAGGCAUUGAUGUGUUAUGGGGAUUGGAUUAGGCGUGGUGAACCUUCUUGCGAAGAAAGCUAACCUCAUCUGGUUUCGUGAUUGUUCCAGCAGGAAAGGAUGGAAAGGUUGCCAGAGAUGAAGAAAAUGCAAGCAGAUCUCAUGGUCCAAGCAAAAGAGAGUUGAGGCGUUGUAGGCUUAUAAACUUUGCCUUAUAUCUGUUGUUUGCUGACUCAGUUAUGUCAUUGAGCUGAAUUUUGUGUUGAAAUGUCACAGUUGUUGAGGUUUUAUUCAGUGCCUCGGAAAAAUAGUAACAGUUAGUUCAGUUGAGCACAAUUUCGACCAUGGAUUAUAAACACAAUUUCCAGUGUUUUUGGCUGAUUACAUAAAGUUCAGUUGAGCAGUUAGUUUAACUA